GGCCUCCAUUUUGGAACCCUCAACAACUCUUCAACUCUCCCAAGUUCUCUCUCUCAAAAAACCCCUUCGCUUAUAUUCCUUUAUCCGUGCCUCUUGUCUCUUGAUCACCUCAGCUUUUUCUCAUUUCUCCACCAUAAAAACCCUAGCAAAACCCUAACCCUACCAAAAAAAAACAAGAAAGGGCCAAAAAGAAAGUGACCCAUCAAACCCAAGACCCCAAACAACAAAACCCACAGGAUCAAAAUCAAAACUUGACCACCCAACACCAACACCAACAACCCUCUAUGGAAGACCCUAAUGACAAGUUUCAAUCUUUGAAAACUGUCAAUGAUUUGCUUGUCAAGGAGGCAAAACAACGCAGACAACAAGUUGAAUCUCUGGUGAAAGCUAAGGAGGCUUUGGAGACUGAGCUGGCUCUGUAUUGUAAGGAAAAGACUGAGUUGGAGUGUGAGUUGGGUAAAAUCAGUGAUGGGAGGGUGAGUUUGGAGAUAGAGAAGGAGCUAUUUUGUGUUUUUAUCGAGACCCGGAUGGUUGAAAUGGGUAGUUUUGUUGAUGGUCUGGUGGGAGAGAAGAGAGAGAAGGAGAAUGAAAUUGGGGCCUUGGAGAGUGAGGUUAAGGGGUUAGUGAUGAAUGUUGAGACUGAGAGAGAUAGAUUGAGUCGGGUUUAUCGCGAGAGGGAUUUGUUGAAGAGUGAUGUUGAUAAUUGGAUGAAGGGGGCUGAUGGUUUGAAAGAUAGUGUGGUUGAAUUGGAGAAAAUGGAGAGUGAGAGUGAGGAAGAGAUUGAGAAACUUUAUAAACAAUAUGCUUUGUUGCAUAAGGAAAUGAAGGACGGAGAGAAAGAAAUUGAGGAGCUUCAAAGAUUGAGAGGUUUGGCUGAAAAUAAUUUGGUGGAGAAAGUGAAUGAAAUUGAGGAUUUGAAGAGAGAGAUUGGACGGAUUGAGAAGGAAAGGAACGAGAUUGCUGGCGAAAAAAGUGAGCAGAAGAUGAAGAUUGGUGGGUUGGAGAGAAAAGCAGGGGAACUUGAUGAGAUUGUAUCAAGUUUGCAGAAGGAGAAGGGAGUUUUGAGCGGAAAAGCUAUGGAAAUGGAGAAGAGUUUGGGGCUGGCAUUGGAGAAGGAGGAUGCAAUGGAAAGGGAAAUUGAUGGUUUGAUGGAAGAGAAGAAGGAAAAAGAAAGGAUAAUUGUGCGUUUAAUGGAGGAAAAGGAUGAUGACUGUAAAUAUAAGAUCAUGGCUUAUGCUGAAAUUGAGGAUAAGAAAGGAUUAAUUGAGGAAUUGUUGAGAAAGAAGAAUGAGAUUGAGGAAGUGAAAGUUAUCGAGGAGGGUGAAAUUGUGAAGCUGCACGAGGAGGUGGGUCAGCUAAGGGGUGAUAUUUUUUCAAUGCAAGAAUCGAUCAAGGAUCAAGAAGAUAAGAACAAACAAGUAGUUUCUGAAGCCAGUCAUUAUAAAGAUGCUUUUGAGAAAGUAAGGCUUGAGAGGGACACUGCUCGAAAAAGUUCUGGUGAGGAGAGAAAGAACGCCAUGAACUUGAGGUCUAAAGUUUUGGAAAUAGAGAAGAGAGUUGAAGAAACUGUGGAGGAACUUGCAAAGAUGAAAAACGAGCAUGAGAGUCUGGUCUCGCAAAAGAAGGAAAUGGAAAGCCAAGUUGCUACGUUGGAGAAGGAAAAAGAUUUGUUACAGAAGCAUUUCACAGAAGCAGAAGGGAAAAUAGACGAGUUGAGGACCAAAAUGGAAUCCGCUGGUACUAAUUAUGAUAGAGCACUAACCAUGCUAAAGAAUACUGCUGCAUUGUUGUGUGAAUCAAACAAUGUUAAAGAAGAUAUGAUUGUCACUGAAAAGAUGCUUAAUGGUGAAAUCGAACCGUAUGCAAGUAGGCUGGAAGUUAUUAAGACUGCAUUUAGUAACAAGCAGACAGUAGUGGAGGAGAUGAAGCAACAAUUAGAAUUUCUGCAGAAUUCUGUGGCAAAGGCGGAUAAGAAGAAUAGCCUUUUAAGUCUGUUGUCUUCAGCAACUACAGUUGUUGCUGCAGCAGUGUCUCUUGCAUAUGUUGCUAGAUUACGUUGAUGAUCAAUUUUUUGUUUCUAGGCAUGUUGCUUAAGUUCUAGAAUUAAUUCAUAGUUAAUCAAGCUCUACCUGACAGCAGAGUUUGCCAGUUUGUUACUCUUUAACUCUGGUUUUAGCCAAGACAUAAACUUGGCAUUGCGACAACUGGAGGUUUUUAACCACCAUUUCGAGUAUGAUGAUGAAUAUAUUAUCUAUUUUCUGCACCUU